AUGUCUAGAGCAGUCCGACAGAGACUGAUCCGAGUUCCGGGUGUAAGUGUCGUUGUCCACAUUUCCCACGUAACAUCAGACCGAGUCUGGAUCAGUGAUAGGAGCAAUAUCGUCUUGACAAACACUACAGGCGAUAUACUGCAUCACCUCACAGGUAUUGCUGAUUUAUGGGGAGUUCACACUGUGAACAGGGACGGGGAGUUGAUUUAUAUAGACAGUGAGUACAACAUCCACAAAUUGUCGAUAGAAAACAACACAAAUAUCACAUUUAUAAAGCACACAGCGCCGUGGGAAGCAUGGAGUGUUUACAGCUCUCCCUCUAAUGGAGACCUGCUGGUCGGGAUGCGUCACACUUACUCAAAGACAGGCAAGGUCAACCGUUACAAUAAUUCAGGACAGCAUAUACAGACAAUAAAACACAACGACUCCGGCGAAGAAUUGUAUCUUCUGCCUAUCUAUCUCACAGAGAACCGCAAUGGAGACGUUAUUGUGUCGGACUGGAAACUUGGUGCUUUAGUGGUAACGGAUCGUGAAGGGAGACAUCGCUUCUCCUACAAAGGUCAACCAGGCUACUCCUUAGAUCCUCGUGGAGUGUGUACAGACGCUCUCUCACACAUCCUGGUGUGUGAUACUUACGCUUUCGCAGUAGAGUUGCUUGACCAAGAUGGUAACUCUUUGUCUAAUGUAUUGACGACCCAGGACGGGCAGCGCUUCCAAUGUGGCCUUGGUUACGAUGACAGAACACAACUACUCUGGGUCGGUUCAGAUUUCGACAACACAGUGGACAUACACAGACUUACAUACAAGGACUCCCUGACAGGUAUGCCGUGUCGAGUCUGUAGGUCUUCUGAAGAUCAUAGCGAGUACGACUGUACAGGUGUAAGGAAAAGUCUAGAGGAGAUCCACAUGAAAGGUGGAGAUGCAGUAUUGAUGUUGAUCCUUCUUUGCCAAUCCUACAGAAUCAAUCUGGAAGAGGAAUACUGGAUUGAGAAGUAUAAUGUUGUCGCUGAAAGAUUCAAUUUCAAGAAAUAUGACAAGGAAUCCAGUCUUGUCAAUUUAGAGAAAUACCGACCAGUUCUAAAACUUGACCUUCCUGUAGUCAGUUUUUCAAGUGAUUUAUUUAGGCACGCCAGUUUCUUCAGAUUCGCAGGCGAUCCUAAUUUUGUGGAUGUUUUUCUGACUUGCGCAGAAAAAGACAACGUAUCUGAGUAUUGUAGAUCAUGGCUUUACCCGAAGAAGGACGGGGAAAUAAUUUGCUGGUUAUUGCCACGACACACAAGACAAUUGAUAGACAGGCUUGGGGAGGAUAUUUAUACACACCCAACACUUGACGACCCUAUUGUGAACGAAGUAGUGUUGGGCUAGAGUAAGUGUUCUUUUGAUAAUGUAAUCGAGAACGCUCAGCUGUUUUAGUGUCAAAUGUGAACACAGAACAAUCCAAACGUUUGUGAACUUUUUAGUCAACCCCUGAAAUCAUCAGAUAUUGUCGUCAGCUAACGCAAUUUGUAAAGGGGCAGUGGUCAACAUGUAUUGUUGAGUGAUCUUAUCUAAUUAGAA